UAGAUGAAAACUUGUCAAAAUUUUUCACAAAAAUUUCGAUAUGACUUUUGCAAGCUACGAAUAAAUUGUUAAUUUUAAAUUGUUAUUGUAAAAUGACUUGAUUGGAACACAAAUUUAAGACACGGAAUCGGAGUUAGAAGAUUCAGAACACCAGAAUGGGCAAGCAAACUGCCAAUGGGACCAAAAACAGCAAGACAGACACUAAAGUUUUGUUCAAGAAAUCCAACAUCACAAUCCAGACUCAUUCUAGGACAUGCUCUGAUGCUUUUCAAGUGGCCAGAAGUGGUGUUUUACAGAUAAAGAAAAAGCUAUCUAAAACUAAUGAUUAUUACACAGAAGGAGACAAAGUUAAGAGGGAUUUGAGCGUGGAAACAGGGUUCUGUAUACUAAGAAGGUAUUACAAAAGUAAACACAAGAAAGAUAAGUGCUCUGUUCAAGCGUCCACCGCUAAAUCUAAAUGUUCUACUGUGGCUGAUACAGAAAUGGACACGGGCGAUGAAUUCAAGCCGGACGCGAGCGCUUGUGGUGACAGUAGAAACAAAUUUGAAAUUGUCAAUCAAAUUAAUCCCCCUAAUAUUGACAUAACAGCAAUGAUGGUUGACAAUUUGAAGAGUUUGCUCAAUGAUUGGAUUAGGAAACAUGUUUUGGAAGAUGCUGAAACUAAGAAAAAGCUUAUAGACGUUUUGGAUUCGAUACUUCAUUCUCUUGGAGCUAAGAUAUCCAGCACUAGGUCUUCGUGCUCUACGUAUAUUGUUGAAAGAAAUGGCGAAGGCUACAAAGUGAGAAACAAGAAAACCGCAACCAAUUCCAUCACUUGCCAGUAUUGUAAGCAUAAGCAAACUUCUCUGAUAACACAUAGAAGCAGCAGCGUACUCUUUCGAAAAUACUCACGAUUUACAAUACCCUUCCCGUACAAACAUUUGCGAAUAAUAUCAACUUUGAGCAUCCCAAGGAAUUUGUACAGAAAAGAGAAAAUGAAAAGGAAAGAUAUGGUUCACAAAGUUAAGAAGCCGCCAAAGAAGAAUGUUUUAUUGUCUGAGAACAAGAAAGAAAAGAAAGUCGUUAUUAACGUAUCCAGCUGCGAUACUUCGCCAACUUCUAAGAAGAGUGUAGUCAGAUGUUCGAAGACUCACGAAAAAACUCAAAGCAAAAGAAAAGGAGUCGUAUUCGUACCGCAAAUGAUUUACAAAAGCACUACAGAGUACACGUCAACUACUGAAGUUGAAGAUAGCAACAAAAGAGAGGGAAAGAAAGAAAUUAAUUUAGAUACAAUGCCGAGUCUUGUCAAAAGUAUUUAUGCUGAUGACCCCGCUAAUGUAACAAGCACAGAUAAAAUCACCGCACAGCACAAUAGAAACGACAAUUUUACCAUGACAGAACAUACAUACAUGUCUCGACCUAAUGAAAAAGUAGGCAAUAGCGUAUCAAAUGUCCAAUUUCAUGAAGCUAAAUAUGAGUGUUGUAAGCAAAACGUAAAUGGUCCUAAAAUUACAAAAAGGAGAUAUGAAAGUCAUUCAAAUGUAAAUUACAUAAACAAUAGUCUUGAAUUUCCGAACAUCACAGCUCCUAAAGCAUCUAAACAUUCAGACAAUAUAACAGCUAAAUCUAAACGUUAUAAGAUAAAUUCAAAGAUUUCGAGACGAUCAAAGUUUGUAUUUCGCAAAAUGACACCAUGGGUAAAGUAUGAAAAUAUAAAAUACAAACAAUUCACAUACUUGUACAGAAAAAUAAAUAGUAAACAUCUAACAUCAGAAAAUGAAUUAUUGAAUCAUUUCCGAAAUGUAUUCAAGUACUUUGCUAACUAUGAAGGAAAUAGAAAUAUUAAACUUGAAAUUCAUUGUAACGUUUAUCCGCUUUUCGAACCUGAAGAAAAGAAAUCUAAGGCCGGUAAUGAAGAGUUUCAAGAUAACGAACUUCAAAUGACAAAUCCAACUAUUUGUAACUUGGACACUGAAAAAGUAGAAAACGCUAUUGAAUAUGAAGAAAAAUCAGAGCAUAGUAUUAAAGAAACCGACAUUAGUCCUGAAAUCAUACCUUUACUUGAUGGCGCAGCUAGUCAAGAAAAAUAUAUAUUUAAAAAUGACAAUUCUACUAGUAAAUCUGAAGAUACAAUAAAAUACGCUGAGAGUGUUGAUCAUGGUACAACAAUGACUGGUUUGGAGGUAUCUAAAGAACUCAAUGAACUAAAAGUUGCUAUUAGAGAUUUAUCAGCGACGGCCGAAAUGAUUGUGAGCGAACAUCUAAAAAGAAAGAAUGAAGAGAAACCUCAGAAGGAACAUACUAAUAAUUCAACCCAUACUGAUUCUAAAAAGUUGCUCGAUAACGCAAAUGAAAUAAAACUCUCUAAUGUAUCAAAAGGCAUACAAUUUUCAAACACAGUAGCAAAAGGUCAGCUGGUGUCUGGUAUAAAAUUAUCCAAAGAACCAAAGAGAUUGGAAGAAUUUGCAAAUAGGCUAAAGAAGAAGAGUUCGUCUUAUCAUGUUAUAGACAGUGAAUCGGUCCUCAAAGUAACAGACAUGACGUCAGGUCAAAUGAACCCGAAAGUAGCGAAUCAGCCAAAGCUAAAGAAGUCAAAAUCUCUCCUACAACUAACAACAGAAGCGAAUAAGCAAAGAUUAUUGGCAUUCUUCUGUGAUGAAUGUCGAAGAAAUGACAAAAUUAUUUACAAUCUUAGCAGAACAUCUAGGAAUUCAGUUUCCCCAAAAGGUUCACCAUGUAAACUGAAAUAUUGCAAGCAGUCAGAAAGUGAGAAUAAAAUAUUUAUCCCUGUGAAACUGUCGCAGGACAGCUAUCCAGGCUGUAACCAUCAAUAUUGUUCAUCAGCAUACGUAGAUAUCGACAGACCUACUAUCACAGUAAAGAAACGAAGUGGCUUGCCUUUUUGGGAGGGAUGCCUUUACUGUAUACUUCUGUGGAUCCCACUAGUUGUUAUUAUUUACUUAUUUUAUGAUUAUGUUCUUAAAGACGUGUUCAAACCAGCUUCUAACGCUGCAGCAAAAGGUACCGGUACAGGUACAGGUACAGGUAAAGGUAAAUCAUUUGCUGUGGAUCCGAACCCGAUUCCGCUUGUUCAGAACCAAACAACUUCACGUUUCUUAUUGAAACUGUCUGAUUUUGGUUUUUGAUUGUUUUGUAGUUUGUAAUUGUUAAUUUAUUGUGAAAUAAAAGUUUAAAUUCAA